AUGACAGUAGCUUCAACACCAACAACCACAGCUGAUCCAACACCAACGACAGCUGCUCCACUUAAAACAGCUGCUCCAUCAACAACAGCUGUUCCUACAACCACGACAGCAGCUCCAACAAUAAUGACGACAGCAGCUCCAACAACAACAGCUGCUCCAACUACCACAGCUGCUCCAACAACAACCACAGCUCAGCUCCAACAACAACCAAAGCAGCUCCAACAAUGA